AUGAAUUCAUCUACUUCCCUCUUAAAAAAGAAUAACAAUGAUUAAUAAAUGAGAGAUAUCUUGCAAUUAAAUUAAAAAUAACUAUUGCGAACUUAUAAAGAUGAUGUUUCCAUGAUUUAAACAGCUAAGGAUGCGAUAGUAUAUAAUUUUAUUUAAUAUAGACUUCAAGUGUUCAUAUGAGUAAUCUAGCAAAAGAUAGAAAAGAUUAAUAUGAUAUUGUAUUAGCUUAAAGAAAGUAUUUAUGGAAAUAAGAAGAAUAACUCUAUGAUGAAAUUGAUUAACUUAGAAAUACCCAUAAAAGGUAUUAAGAAAGUCUUAAUCGUUAUGGAAUUAGAAAUAACAAUCUAGAAGAUGAAAUUUAAAGUAAGUUUGAAUAGGUGAAUUCAAAAUUAAAUUUCAUUUAAGAAGAAAAAAACCAGAUCUAAAAAAAUUUUAAUUUGAUACAAUAAUCUUUAGUAAAUAGUAAAUCUAAAUUAUCUAAUAAUGGACAAUUCGUUAUUGAAAGCAAUUAAUAAUAUGAUCAAUUAGUAAAUUUCAUUCGCUCUUAAGAAUAAAAGGUUAAAGUACUUAAGAAUGAUCAAACUAAUUUAGCUAUUAAUUAAAUUAUACCAUUUGAUUCUAAACUUUAAUAAAGUAUGCAUUUCACGUAAUUAUAAUUAAGUGGCUUAAGACACAUAUGAAAAGUAGUAAAAAUAUACAUAUCAAGGAACUAAAUUUUAAGGCAAUGAAUUACAAAAAAUAGCAGCAUUUAGUACAUUAAGAAAGAAGAUUGAAUAACAUGUUUAGAGGAAAGGAUUUUAAGAUUCUAUUUUGGAUAUGCCGUUUAAAUUAGAUUAAAAUUAUUAAAAAGAAAACAAAAAUAAAAUAGCUUAUGAUUCAACUCUAUAAGAACUUGAUGAAUUUAGAAAAGAAUAUGUUGCAUAAGGAGGAAAUGAUCCAAAAUUCUUAAAUGAGAUUAAUGAAUUAGAAAGAUAAUACAAAGAAAGUCAUCCUCUUGGAAUUUUUGAUUAAUUUAAUUAGAUUUAAGAUAAAAAAGUAGAAAGACCAGAUUAAGUAUCUUAGAAUCCAAUUUUUUCAUAUUUACCACAAGAAUAUUAGAAGGAUAUUUUAGAUUUGGAAUAAAAAAUAAGAGAAAAGUAAGAACCAGAUUUAAAGAAUCUUUAAAUGAACAGAUAAUUGUUAAAAACUUAAUUGAAUGUAAAUGAUUCAAGUAAAGCUGAUGAAAUAAUAUUGGAAAGUCUCAGAUAACAAGAAAGUGAAUUACUUUUAAAAUCUAAAAAUAAUGAAUAUUAUAAAUUGAAAUAUAAUGAAAUAUAGAAAUUAAAAUAGAUUCAUGAACGUAACUAUUUGGAAAAGAAAGUUUAAGAAUAAUUAUCAUUAAGAUAAAUAGAAGAUGAUAUAUUGAAUUUUAAUGAUAAAAGAUAAACAAACUUAACUUAUUUAUAGUAGAUAUAAUAGAAUAUUGGUACAAGACCUUUAUUUUAUGAUUAAGAUUCUGGAUUUGUUGUGAGAAUUGAUUUUGUUAAUAAAUUACCAAUAUGUUAUGAUUAUGUCAAACUUGGUUAUGGUGUAUUUAUAAAAAAGUAUAGAUUAUGAAAAUAUUGAUAGUGUUGAUGAACCAAAGACAAUAAUGAAUACAAAUUAGCAUGAAUGUGCUAAUGAGAAUAUAUAUUCUAAGAAAUGUAUAAUUUAAGAGAGAUUUGUAGAAAAGAAUCGUGAAAUUUAAUAGGAUACAUAUUUAUAUUUAGUAUUAUGGUGUUUUAGUUAAGAUUUUGGUAGUGGUAUGGUUCCUAUAUAAGUUGGUUGGACAAUGCAUAAACUAUUUGAUGAUGAGAAAUUAAUAUCAGGAGGAUAUUUGUUACCAAUUUAUAAUUCAAUUUUUACAUAUGAACUUUAAAGAUUACCUGAAAUUUAAGAAAUUAAGAUAGGAUUACGUAUAUGUCUACCUGGAGAUGAAAAUUUAGAUUUAGACAAUAAAAUAAUGAAUCUAGCAGAUUAUAAAAUUUAAUAAAUUCAUUCGAAAUAAUCAGAAUUAAUUGAAUAAGAAAGAUAAGCUAUGUUCAAGGAAUAUAAAAUUAUUCAACUUCCUGAAGAAUAUAUUGAAGUACGUACAAAUGAUAUUAAAUUAUGGAAAUCAGAACUUCCUCCUAAUGUUUAUAAACUAAUUGAAUAUAAUUUUAUGAAUGAAGAAGAAGCAGCCUUAAAAUAAUAAGAAAUGGAAUUAGAAGAAAGAAGAAUGAAUAGAUUAAAUAGACCUGUAAGAAGAAGAUUUAUGGCUAAAUAAGGUACCAUAGCUAGAGGAUCUUCUGAAAGAAAGAAAACUUAAUUAACAUUUAAAUAGAGAUUAGCAAUGAAAAAAGGAGCAGCUACUCCUGCUACUUCUAAAUCUAAAACUUAAGAAAAAGAAUAAACAUCAAGACCAUAAAGUAAAGCAGCAGAUACUUCCAGAACAAAAUUAGAUGAUUCUAAACCUUCUACUAAAAUUUAAGAAAAAGAAAAAAGUGUAAUCAUUCCAAGUAAACCACGAAAGUUGAUGUUUAAAUUAAGAUCAUUAUCUUAAAUUUAUGUAGGAGGUAUUACAACCUUGACUUUAAAGUUAGCUUUAUUUUAAGGUAUCACUUUAUUAGAUGAUGAUGAUAAAAAUAUGUGUGUUUUUAGUAAAGAGAUAGAACCUGAUGAAAAGGGAGAUAAUUAUCUUAACUUUAAUGAAUCAUUUACAUUUGAAUUAAAUCUUACUGAUUAUUUUUAAGACUAUGAAGAAAAUGAAAUCUUAAAUACUUAUUUAUUUAUUGCAAUCUUUAAAGAAAUAAAUAACUUAUUUGGUUGGCAUGCUAUUUAAGCAUUCGAUACUUCUGAUGAAUAAUUUAAAGUUAAAAGUGGUAUUUAUUAUGAAAAUUUAUUUGGAAAACCAGGAUAAGCUCCUCCCUUUAAUUUUAAUAAAGCAAAACGUUUAAACACAUAAAUAAAUUUUAUUAUGAUGUAAGAUGAUGAUCGUGUUUUACAAUUACCCACAAUAGAUAAUUAUAAGCUAGAUCAAAAAUGUAAAUUAUUAUAUAUUUAUGAAUAUAGUGUUAACUGAAGAAGAUAAAGAAAAAAGAAAGAAAAUAUAUUCAGUUGCAAAUCCAAAAUGGAAUACUUAAAUACGUUUAGACAUUUCUUCUUUUAGAAACUUUUAAUCUAAGGAUGAUUUCAUUAUGAAAACCAUAGUGAUUGAAGGAGAUAAUAUAAUAAUAGAUGCAAUUGACAGACAAUGUAUAAAAUUUGAUCAAGUAAAAUUAUUUGAAGGAACAGGAAAAGGUGAAUUUAUAGCUAAUCAUUUAAUAAUUUUAAGAAUUGGUACUAGAUAUUUAAUAGAUACAUUUACAACUACUUUUAAGAAAUUAAAUUAUUUGUUUAGUUUCUUUAUAAAAUAAUAAAUUGUUGGAGUUUGUUAAUUUCCAUUAUUUUCAGCAGGAGGAGCAUUAAAUGUUGGAUCAUAAAAAUUAAUGGUUCAUGAUCUUGAUGAUAGUGGGAAAAUAGGAAAAAGAACAACUAAAGAAAUGUAUUUAUUCAUUCAAGAGGAAUCAUUAAAUUUAAAAGAUAUUGAAGAAACUCCUAAAUAUGCUUAAUAAACAAAAGAAUAAAAAAUAGUUAAUAAAUAGGAUUAGAGUAAAUACUUAAUAAUUGAAAUUGAUUAACUUACAGAUUACUUAAGUUAACAACCAAUAGAUUUUACAAUUUAAGUUUAUAAUGGAGAAGAACCAGCUAUUGAUUCAGAUGGUGUUAUUUGUGUAUACACAAGCACAAAUUCAUAUUAACCUAAACCAAAUUUUUCAGUUCCUAUUAAUGAAGCUGUUUAUUUUAAAAUGGCUAUAAAUGCUAUCAUUGAAAAAAAACAAGGUUUAGAUAAUUAUUAAGUUUUUAUAUCAUUUUCAGAUUUAGGAUGGAUUAGUUUUCAAUUAUUUCUAAAUGGAGAAUUAAACAGUUCUGAUUUUGUUGGGAAAUUAUUUAGAGGAGAAGUACCUGCACCACCAGUAGAUUAUACAAAUAUGAAGAAAAUUAAUACAAAAGUUUCUUAUUUUGUUAAAUAUGAUUUGAGAUAAACUGAAGAAUUUAGACGUAGUGUGAUAGAAGAAAGUCGGUCUGGAGUUAUUAGAAAUGAAUCAUAGAAAUUUACAAAAGCAUUACCAAAUGAAUAGGUUGGUUUAAUAUCAUCUAGAAGAAUUAUGAAUUCAAAUGAAAAUUUAGAUAAGUUAUCUAUAGUAUUGAUCAAUGUGAAUGGAUUUGUAAAUUAAUAAAAGUUAUAAGUAAAAGGAAUAUUAUUAAUGGAUGGUAAGACCUUACUGGAUAAAUAUAAUAUGUCUUGCACCUUUAAAAGUGAUAAAGUAGACAAUUUUUAGAAAGUGGCUUUUUUUAAUAAUGUUCGUUUUACUUUUUCUGUAGACAUCACUUCUUUAUAAAUGGAAUCAUAUGUAUUUCUUUCAGUUUUGGAUGAAAAGGAGACUGUAAUUGCUUGGUAUGGUAAGAGAUUGGUUUAAGCUGUUGGAAAAUUGAUUAGAGGAUAACAAUUUGAAUAUCUUUUUGCUCCUCCUCUGAUGAGACCACCAUUAGAGUUAUCAAAAAUAACAAAUCUGUAAUAAUCAAUUCAAUUUGAAGUGAAAUGA